UGAUGUUGUUUGUGUUUCUCUAAUAAUGGCCGCUUCUUCAUCUACAUCUUCUUCCGGCGGUCACUGGAAGUACGAUGUCUUCCUCAGUUUUCGAGGGGAGGACACUCGCAAAAGCUUCGUUUGCCAUCUCUACAAAGCUCUAGAACAGAAAGCCAUCCGCACCUUCAUCGAUUCUGAGAAGCUCAAAAAAGGCAACCAAAUUUCCGAGCUACUCAACGCAAUUGCCGAUUCGAAUAUUUCGGUUGUAGUCUUGUCUCAAAACUAUGCCACUUCCGCUUGGUGUUUGAAAGAGGUCGUCAAAAUCAUGGAGUGCUGUGAUAAUGAUGAGAAGAAGCAGACUGUGGUGCCCAUUUUCUAUGAAGUAGAUCCCUCUGAUGUUCGGAAAUUGAAGAACAAGUUUGGUGCUGCUUUUACCGUAUAUGAAGGAGAUCCCAACCUCGACGUGAAAGAAGUGGAGACAUGGAAAGCUGCACUUAAGAGAAUCGCGAAUCUAUCUGGCUGGGAUUCGCGACAGUAUCAAUAUGUAUGGUUGUAUCAAAAGGGUUACUCUAGUUCAAACCAUCUUUAUUUUUUCAUCUCUUCCAUUCAUAAACCUUGAAAGGGUUGGCAUGAUGUCCUCAUCAAAAAUAUGCAUAGUCAUGGGAUCUCGUCCAGACGAUCUUUGAAUCCCGGAUGUUGAUAUAAGAAACUACAGUAAGUACAUAAAAGUAACAGUCAGCUUUGUCACAGGCAAUAGAAGCUGCAAUUGAACUUGAUCUAAGCACAGUGGAGGCGGGAGCGCAGGGAGAGCAUAAGAUUCAGAGAGGUUAUAUGCAUGUGGCAACUUAUAGCUGCCAUUACUUGAUGAAUCAAAGUUUCAGGAAGGCCAUAGAGGACUUUCUAGUGCGUAUAUCAACUCAGGUUAAGAUUGUGAUGAAACUACUGCAUGAUUCGGGUCCUUUCAAGGAAGAUGUACACUAAUGUAUUGAUAUGGUUUACUAGAAGCAGAUUAGUACUUUGUGAAUUGUGGACGGAAAUCUUUUUCUUCCUUUAAUACUGAACAUUGCACUGGGAGAUUCUGUACAUAAUUACAGUAGCAAACUAAAACUUGUAUACCUGGAAAUUCAAUACAUAUUCAAU